AUGUUGGAGGCCACAAGGGUUAGCUCCAUUGGUGACACUUCAGGGGUGGGUCCUAAACGCUCUAUCUUGGCAAGGGUUAGCUCUAUUGGUUACUCUUUGGGGAUGGGUACAAAGGACCUUAUCUUGGGAAGUGUUUCGUUGCAACUUGACACUUCACAUUUACCUAAUGGUUUAAGCUAUUUGGAAUGCAAUGAUUAUCCUUUAAAAUCAUUGCAUUCUUUGCCAGCUGGGCUUGGAGAACUUCGUUUGCUGCGUAGCAAACUUAAACUACUUUGGGUAGGGAUGAAGAUUUUUGAAAAUUUAAAGUCCAUCAAUAUGGAUGGCUCCUUGGAGCUAAUUAUCAGCCCUGACUUCAAUGGAGUACCAAAUCUUGAGGAGUUAAUUCUUGCCCGAUGUUCAAAUUUACGCAGGCUUCAUCCAUCCAUUGGCAAAUUGAAAAAGCUUAAACUUCUUGAUCUAAAAGGGUGCCUAGAACUUACUAGUCUUCCAGAGAAGUUUGAAAUGGAAUCUCUUGUGACUCUUAAUCUUACUCAUUGUUUAAAAGUCAAGAAAAUUCCUGACACCAUUUGUAGCUUGACAUCGCUUAACAAUCUUUAUCUUUCUAGAUGCUCAAAAUUUGACAAAUUGCCAGAGGACUUGGGGAAUAUCGUAAGUCUAAAGAAGCUUCAUUUGAGUGGAACAACUAUAAAAGAGCUGCCUUCAUCAAUUGAAUGCUUGAUUGGCCUUACUUCAUUGCAUCUAAGAGAUUGCAAAAAAAUUGACAAAUUGCCAAAGGACUUGGGGAAUGUUGUAAGUCUAGAGAUGCUUGAUUUGAGUGGAACAGCUAUAACGGAGCUACCUUUGUCAAUCGAAUUUUUGAUUGGCCUUGGUAGAUUGCAUCUAGAUGGAUGCCCAAAAUUUGUCAACUUGCCAAAGAACUUAGGGAAUCUCAAACAUCUGAAUUGGCUUUGUUUGCAAGGAACAGCAAUAGCAGUUUUGCCAUCAUCUAUUGAAUGUAUGGCUGCCCUUAAAGAACCUGGGGAAUAUGGAAAGCCUAAAGUGGCUUUUUUUGGGUGA